GGGGCGGGGCGUCGGGCCGGAAGCCAGGCUGGGCCACGUCUUCAAGCUUUGAGUGAGCUCGUUUGGUACGCACUGCACGGUGGCUGGCUGCUCUGCUGUGGAGAGGACGUUCCAGCUCCAGAACUAGACAUGGAUCUGGAGGCUGUUUCUAAACGCUCAGCAUUCCAUGCCAAGCCCCAGGGGCUCAUUCUCCAGUAUGGGACUGCUGGAUUUCGGACAAACGCCCAACAUCUCGAUCAUAUCAUGUUUCGAAUGGGAUUACUAGCCGUCCUGAGGUCAAAGCAGACAAGAGCCACCAUUGGAGUCAUGGUUACGGCCUCACACAAUCCCGAGGAAGACAACGGCGUGAAAUUGAUUGAUCCGUUGGGGGAAAUGUUGGCCCCUUCCUGGGAGGAGCAUGCUACCUGUCUGGCCAGUGCUGAGGAGCAGGAGAUGCCUAGAGUGCUUGCCGCCAUCAUGGAGAAAGAAGCUGUGGAUCCGCAGCAGGCUGCCUUCGUAGUUAUUGGUAGAGACACCAGGCCCAGUAGUGAGAAACUUUCACAGUCUGUAAUAGACGGUGUGACUGUUUUAGGAGGUCAACUUCAUGACUAUGGCCUGUUGACCACACCUCAGCUACACUACAUGGUGUAUUGUCGGAAUUCCGGAGACCGGUAUGGAAAGGCCACCAUAGAAGGCUACUGUCAGAAACUCUCCAAGGCUUUUGUAGACCUUACCAAACAGGUUUCCUGCAGUGGAGAUGAAAACAGAUCGGUUAAGGUCGACUGCGCCAACGGCAUCGGGGCCUUGAAGCUGAAAGAAAUGGAGCACUACUUCUCCCAGGGGCUGUUGGUUCAGCUGUUUAACGAUGGGACUGAAGGGCGUCUCAAUCACCUGUGUGGUGCUGACUUCGUGAAAAGUCACCAGAAACCCCCACAGGGAAUGGAAAUGAAGUCCAAUGAAAGAUGCUGCUCUUUUGAUGGAGAUGCAGACAGAAUUGUGUAUUACUACUGUGAUGCAGAUGGUCACUUUCAUCUCAUAGACGGAGACAAGAUAGCAACAUUAAUUAGCAGUUUCCUUAAAGAGCUACUGUUGGAGAUUGGAGAAAGUCUGAAUAUUGGUGUCGUACAGACUGCAUAUGCAAAUGGAAGUUCCACAAGAUACCUUGAAGAAGUUAUGAAGGUGCCUGUUUAUUGCACCAAAACUGGUGUCAAACAUUUGCAUCACAAGGCCCAAGAGUUUGACAUUGGAGUUUAUUUUGAAGCAAAUGGGCAUGGCACAGCACUGUUCAGUGAAGCAGUUGAAGUGAAGAUAAAGAGACUAGCACAAGAAGCAGAAGAUGAGAAAGGAAAAGCUGCCAAGAUGCUUGCAAGCAUCAUCGACUUGUUCAACCAGGCAGCUGGAGAUGCUAUCUCUGACAUGCUGGUGAUUGAGGCUAUCCUGGCUCUGAAGGGUCUGACUGUGCAGCAGUGGGAUGCUAUUUAUGUUGAUCUUCCUAACAGACAACUCAAAGUUAAGGUUGCAGACAGGAGAGUUAUUAACACCACUGAUGCUGAAAGACAAGCAGUCACUCCUCCAGGACUCCAAGAAGCAAUCAAUGACCUGGUGAAGAAGUACAAGCUUGCCCGAGCUUUUGUCCGACCCUCUGGAACGGAAGACAUUGUCCGAGUAUAUGCAGAAGCAGACUCACAAGAAAGUGCAGAUAGGCUUGCAUAUGAAGUGAGUUUGGUGGUGUUUCAGCUGGCUGGAGGCAUUGGAGAAAGGCCACAACCAUCUUUCUGAAGAUAACUUUUAUAUUGUUGAAAAAUGGACUUUUAUGCAACUAUUGACAAUACUGUCAGUACUAAGGCAUUUGUAAUCCUAACAUUACAAAAGCACUCUAAUGGAAUUAGAUCUGUUUUUUUUAAAAAUACUACCAGGAAAAACAAAACAAAACUGUUUAGAGGCUGGUAAAUCUUAAGACUUGUUAAUGAAGCUCAUCUCUGAUUUUAAUCUAUAUUAAGUUCUAAUAGUUUGAGUGUCAUUAAUUUUACAGUGUAUGUAGGGCAUUGGGAAAUUAAAUUUUAUUACUUAUUAA